AGUUCUAUGCUAUCUUUGUGUCCGCCUACAAGUUGUAGAGAUGAUGAUGGCAUCCUUGAACGAAGGAAUUAACGAAGAAUUUUCUAUACAGCUUAUUGAAUAGUCCUUUUAUUCAUACGACGAUCACUAUGCGUUAUACAGCGAUAUUACUAGAGAAAUCUGCUGCACAGAAACUACUUAGGGAUGCAAUCAGAGAGGAAUCUAAAAGCAGUACAGAGAGAAAAGCAUUCAGAUUGUCAGAUCAUGAUAGCGAGUUGCACUCAGCGAAUGCCUGGGAUGGCGAUGAACACCCACAGGAUACAAGUUUAAGAAUGCUUUUAGACGCAAAAAAACCACUCAGAAGUGGCAAUAAAGGCUUAUAUGGUGAAUCACGUCUAAAAACCAUUCAAAAACCUACACAUACAGAUAAUCUUAUACCGUCAGAUCCAAGCUAUCAAACGUGGGACGCAACUUACGUAGCACCUUCACAUGCAUCGGGUAGUCAGAGACCUGCUAUCUAUAGAGCCCGAAAUACUGCUGAGAUUCAGGCGCUCCAGAAAGUCCAAUCUAUGGAUUUAGACAGUAGAACAAAGGCACAUAUACGGAAUACAAAGAAAUCGAAAACAAAAGUGCGUAGAAUAUCGAAUGCACGUGAAGGUGCACUCGAUUACUCUCUCACUGGUAGUUUAGAUGACGUAGAGAAGACGGAAUAUACCAAAGCCCGUCCACAAAAUAUUCAAGCGUGGAAUUCACACAUAGAGGACCAAAUACAAAUUGCUCAAAGAAAUGGUAAGUUUAGCAAUCUUCCUGGACGAGGUAAACCACUUGCGAGUUUGAAUGAAGAGAACGCAUUCAUUAGUAGAGAUGAACAAAUUUUGAAUAGACUCAUAUCUAGACAGGGCGCCGUGCCUCCAUUCGUAGAGAUGCAGAUGUCAGUGGAACGCGAAACUACGUCAUUCCGGAAUUACCUCAGAGAAGAGAUUGUCAAGAGGGCUCUGGUUGAUUUACCAAAUUAUAGUAGCGAUGAUGUCGUACGUAGCUACCGGGAUCAAGUCUGGGAAGACCGAAAUGUGUCCUACCACAACAUACUUAUUGACAGGGUGAACAGCAUUAUCAAAUCGUAUAACGCGAUAGCACCUGCAUUUUCACGACGAGGAUUACUAGUUCUAGAAACUGAGAUGAAGAAUGCAAGAGAAGAAGCCCUACCGGUUAUUAUAAACCGAUUACGACAUCCACGAGCCACAAGCAAACCUGCGAAGCAAGACAAGAAGCCAAGCACGCUUAUCGGAAGAAUACGUGAGCUGUUCGGUGGUGUAAAUUAAUAAAAAUGAUAAUUUAUUUGUAUACUUGGACUGAAAUCCUUCUUUCGUUCUGAAUGUGAUGAA